UUAAUCUUUUCUAACUUCUUAUUCACCCGUCGAGUUUUGCAAUUUCCCGCCCGCGGGCUGCAGAUCCGCUUUGAAAACGUAAACCAAACAUUACUAUGAAGCUUGUUGGAGCUGAAGUGAAGGCGCGCCAGAGGGGAACUUUCUAAUGAGCUUCUUAUAGAGACUUUUGUUGACCAUUUAAAUAUAUAUAUAUAUAUAUAUAUUUAAAAAUCACCAGAGACUAAAGCUUUCAGGUUAAACUAGCAGAAUCAGUAAAGACCACAAGUAACAUUAAUCAAGUACCAAGUUUUAAUUGUGUGAACAGGAGAAAGUGCUCCGGUGGAUUAAAGCGCAACUAGAAAAAAGUCGCGACAAUUGUAAUUUAGAUUCCGCCAUGUAUAUGUGAAAGUUUCCCCCAUCCGAAUUGCUUUCGUUCGGACAAGGGGAAACUUUAAUGGAUUUUUUAUGUGGGACCCGCUAGGAUGGACCAGGACGUGGUAGAUGAAACAGAAGCGUUACAGAGAUUCUUCGAAGGUCAUGAUAUUACCAGUUCUCUGGAACCAGCCAACAUCGACACCAGUAUCCUGGAAGAGUACAUCAGCAAGGAGGACGAUAGUACAGACAUCUGUUUCUCAGAGGUCCACAGCACCCCAGGACCAAAUUAUUCAUCUCCCCAGGCAGGAGUGUCCUCUGGAGGGUUGGUGUGUGGUGUGAGCCCCCCUAUUCCACUACGCCAAGGAGCCCCUCCACCUGGGCCCCCUAGCUGUCAGAACGCCUACCCCCCAGGUCCAUCGCUGGGCCUCCGACACAGCUACCCCUGUCUGGGACAGCAGCAACACCAGCAACAGCAGCAGGCUCACGUCAAGCCUGAGCACAGGGGCCAUUACGCUCCAGGGACACUACCCGAGUCACCCCCAGACUCCAGCUCAGAACCGUACUCUCCCCAGCAGGUGAAUGAUCCUCACAUGAUCAGGACCAUGACCCCAGAGAACAUGUGCCACAUGACUCCAACGCCGCCUCUUCCACCACACGGGCACUAUCCCAGCAUGCAUCGGGACAUGUACCUGAAACCUGAGCCCAUGAUAUCACAGUACCCUAUUGGACCGGCUGCAAGCGGAAGUGGAGACAUGCAGCAGACGCAGAUGCUUCAUCAGUUACUUCAGCACCCUCAGGGCCAAGACAGCAUCCCUGUUCAUCAAGCAAAGAAGAGGAAGCACUCUGACUCUCCCAACAGCACCCUGAAUUCCCAAAUCCUCACAGGUAUCAUCAAACAAGAACCAGGUUUAAUGCAGGAUGCAGACAAUGCUUACCUGGACCCAAAUUAUCAGUGCAUUAAGUGGCAACCUCACCAGCAGAACAAGUGGACACCAUUGUAUGACGCCAACUGCAAAGAGCUCCCGAUGCCAACCUACCGUGUUGACGCUGACAAAGGCUUCAACUUCUCCUUGGCUGACGAUGCUUUUGUUUGCCAGAAAAAGAACCACUUUCAGGUCACGGUGUACAUCGGCAUGCUCGGCGAUCCCAAGUAUGUCAAGACAAGUGACGGACUGCAGCCCAUUGAUUGUUUCUAUCUCAAACUCAAUGGCGUGAAGGUGGAAGCCAUGAAUCAGUCCAUCAGUGUGGAGCAGUCACAGUCUGACCGCAGCAAGAGACCUUUCAAACCAGUCCUUGUCACCUUGCCUUCAGAUCAGGUCACAAAGGUCACAGUGGGACGGCUCCAUUUUAGCGAGACCACAGCAAAUAACAUGAGAAAGAAGGGCAAACCAAAUCCCGAUCAGAGGUAUUUCAUGCUGGUGGUGGCGCUACACGCACAGUCCCACAAUCAGAGCUACACUGUGGCCGCCCAUGUGUCUGAGAGGAUCAUCGUCAGGGUAACGUCUGGCCAUGCAUCCAACCCAGGCCAAUUUGAAAGUGACAAUGAGGUGCUGUGGCAGCGCGGACAACUGCCAGACUCUGUUUACCAUCACGGGAGAGUUGGUAUCAAUACCGACAGACCGGACGAGGCCCUUGUUGUCCACGGCAACCUGAAGGUCAUGGGCUCCCUUGUGCACCCAUCUGACAUCAGGGCCAAAGAAAAUGUCCAGGAGGUCGACACCACAGACAAUUUAAAACGGAUUUCUCAGAUGAGGCUGGUCCAUUAUCAAUACAAGCCUGAGUUUGCUGCCACCGUGGGCAUAGAGAACACUGCAGAGACUGGAGUCAUUGCUCAAGAGGUUCAACAAAUUUUGCCUGAAGCAGUGAAAGAGGGGGGUGAUGUGGUGUGUGCAAAUGGAGAAACUAUUUCCAACCUGUUAGUUGUCAACAAGGAGCGCAUCUUUAUGGAGAAUGUGGGAGCAGUGAAGGAGCUGUGUAAGCUGACAGACAACCUGGAGACUCGUAUUGAUGAGUUGGAGCGUUGGAGUCGCAAACUGGCUAAACUGCGUCGUCUUGACAGCAUGAAGAGCACAGUGAGCGGGGGCACGGUCAGCCAAUCGGGGAGUUAUUUUAGCAGGACAGGAAGUGGCCCACUCAAGAAGAAAACAGUCAAACCAGGAAGCAAGAACUUACCUCCAGAUCAGGGCUGCAUCAGUCAGAGGUUCAUGCAGGGAGCCAUCCUGGCACUGGUUGUGGUCAUGGCUUUCAGUGUCAUUUCCAUGUCUGUCCUUUAUGUACUCACUCUUCACCACAGAGGAGAUGUCACUGAGAAAGAUGGCUAUGUUCCUUCCUGUGUUCUCUACAUCUCUUGGAUGCCCAUCUUCACUGCCACUCUAACUGUCUGUCCACCUCUCUGCUCAUGGUCAAGAGCUGAAGUGGGAUCCUCACGCAAGAGUCCAUAUAUUUCAGUGUCCUCUACCCCUGCACCAGCUUGCUGUUCAACCACAGCCAUAAACAACCAAUCAGCUACUGUUUCAACAAUGAAUAACAACCAAUCCACACCAGCCUUUAGCAGCCUGAUUCCUACACCUGGUCCGAUUAGUAAGAAGGCCAAGUCCAGACUAAUGGACAAAGAUGGUCACAGUAGAAACCGCCUGAGUCACACCUCAGCACCCAUGUACUUUGCCAAGUCAAAAAGGCCCAGCUCUGAAGAGACGGAUGGCAUGGGAGCCAUCAACCGUCUUCCUGGGGGGCAGCAGCCAUUGCCACGCAGACAACGCAGCCUGCACGCAAAGGGAGUAAAGUCAGCUCCCUCUCUCACGAGCUUAUAUAUCUUGGAGACAAACCAAGAAAUCAAUGCGCAAAACUGUGCAACAAUAGAAAGCUGCAGCUACACAGUCUCACUCCAUGGAAAAAGAAAUUCCUCCAUGUCACAAAUCACUCUGUACAUGACGUCUACAAACAGCAUAUGGGUACGACAAUGUGGAGCUACCAAGGGACGUUUAUGCCCCAACCACACAGAAACAGAGCCCUAUAAUGAACAGAGUACUUCAACAAAGGGGACUCAUCACUUGUGGUCGGUACCUGUGCUGCCUUUCCAGGACAUCACCUAUCACUUCCGUGUCGCCCUGUCUAGUGAAGUGAGCUGUGCCGCUGAAAGAAAAUCUGCAUCAUACUCUGACUACCAUUUUCUCAUAGAAAGCAGCUGCGUGUGAGGAAGAAGACGGUGCGUCCCGGUUCCUUUACAGUACGGCAUAUUUCUCCUUUGUGGCUCGAUUUGUAUGCUGUUAUGAUGGGACAGGGCUUUGUCUAAUUAUUGUACAUUAUUUUAAAGAUAUUGAUACAGAGCAAAUUAUCUACUGUACCACCUCUGUAAUCGGUUUCGUGUAUAUGCAUUAAGACAUCUCCUUUUGCUGUGAUCACUGGAGUUUGAAACACUGUAUAUGUGUCUCUUUUUUUCUUUUGCCACUGGAAAUGUUGAUGACUGAAACUGAAAACUGUGUUGUACCGCUGUUAACUGCUAUUAGUCCAUAGCUCAAUUUUUUUACUGAUCACUAUGUCUUCCAUCCCUAAUAUAAGCCAUAACUUUGCUUUUAGCAGAAUUUGAUUUUCUGAUUUUUAAAUGAAGCCCAGGCUAAGAUGUUACGAUAGAAGACACUGCAAACACAUUAUUGUUCUGUAACACUGUGAGUCUGUAUGUACAACAAAACUUUUCAAACAAAAAAAAUACUUUUCAGUAGCUUUAUACACUGGAGAGGAGAACGAUGGCUUUUGCUUGAAAGCCUCAGUAAAUGGUUGCAACUAGCACUGAAAAGAUACCUCAGUAGUGCACACUGGCAAAUCCUGGGUCUCUGCAGUGGAGCUUUGUGUUGAGGCUGCAGCAGUCCGCUGUACUGCCUACUGUGUCCUAAAGCAGCCCCAGAGUGAAAGACUCUGCAGCAUUUCUGUCUUAGUUAUGACACUGAGUUAAACACCAAGUUAUUGCAUGUUCCUUAAGGUGCACAAAUACACCUCAACACCUCGGACCCGUGCACACUGUAACCGAUUCCUUACAUAACAUAUGUUGAAACUGUAAAGUAAACAAAUAAACAAAUCACAGGAAAUUAACACGAUACGCUGACAGCUCGAUAAGUCUAACGCUGACAAUAUUUCAAGAAACACUGGAAUAGCUUACACUGUAUUUUGCUAACUGGACAAUGCUGGUAAGGCAAUGAAAUAUGUCAUUUCUUGUGCACGCCCAAUCACUUCUCUAAAAUGAUACGUUGGAGCUGAGAUGCUGCUCCAGCACAAAGGUUCUCUCUUAAUGCCUUGAUCCUAAAGCUGCAAGGAAGUUGAUUUACAUGGGGAUAAAAUUGGACUGUAUACACUGGACUCUUUCCUGUGUUUCUGUGGUUGUUUUAAAUAUUUUUUUCCCUGUGCUUAUACAAUUAAGAAUAUGCAAUUAUAACACUUUUAAUAUAACUGAAUUAUAUUAUUAUGUUUUCUUUUUGUAUUAGAUUCUCUUGUCUCAAAGGAAAUUUCCAUUUAAAUUCAGACACCGUGGUUUUUGUUGCAUUUAUUGAAAUUUCCUGUUAAAUCUUGUAUGUGUCUGUAUUCAGGAAAAAAAAUACACAUUUACAUUAAAUAGGAAAAGCCAUCAGAUAAAGUUUAUGGACUCUGUAAUAAUAUGAAUAUUCUGUGCUUGCUUUUCACUAUAAUUAUCAUGCCUUCACUGGGUAUAUGGUACUAUUUUAGCUUAUUUAUAAUUCACCAGCUAGCAUAAUGAAACCACUGUGGCACUUUUUUGCGCUGUACAUAUAAAAGCCUUUUGCGGUAUCCAGUGCUUCAGACUGGUGUCAGACACUUUGGUAGAACUGGAUUGUUUGUAACUGUAUAGCUUCAUUUUGGUUACUACCAAUGCUCCUUUUUAUCUGGUGUGUUUUUAUCAUAUUGUUUUUGUAGCUGAUUUUGAUAUCAAUAAUAUAUUAACUUUUAGCUACUGGAUCCAAGGAAUGAUUGGAAAACAUGCAUAUAUUAAAACCCCCAUCUGUAAAGAAAAAAUAGCACAAGACUAAAACUCAAUAACUACAUUAAUAUCGCUACUUUUCUUUACAUUUUCAAAGCUUUUGUCAAAAAAUAUAUGUUGUAAUACUAUGAAUGC